GCACGUGCCUCGGUGGCGCUUCUUGAGUUCUGGGACCAUAUUUCGUGGUCGUCAGUUAUCUUGCAGAUAACGAACUUCAACAGAAGCCAAGAGGCACGUGUGUUUGCACCCACUUUAUCCUAUGCGGCGAAGCCCGAGCGCGGGAACUUCAGUGCGUCACCCACGUCACGUCGAACUUUCAGAGCUGAAAAAUAGUUAAAAUUGCCGAGGGGAGCCACUUUGUCAAAAGCAGUUGUAUUAGACGAAAGCGGCCAAAUUCUGGGAUGGUCGGAAGGUCACCCUGUAAACCACUGGCUUGUUGGAAUGAAGGAAUGCCAAAGACGUGUCUAUGAACUUGUUCUGGCUGCCAAGCAAAAUGCUGGUCUUAGUCAAGAAGUUAGCCUCGCAUCACUAAGCCUUUGUCUCAGUGGCUGUGAGCAAGAGACAACAAAUAAUGAUCUAAAAGAACUUAUCUUGAAGGAGCACCCUGACAUUGCAUCAUCAGUAGUGGUAAAAAGCGAUGUCAUUGGAGCACUCAAGACAGUUGCACCAAAUGGAGGUGUUGUCCUGAUAGCUGGUACAGGAUCCAAUUGUUUGCUCGUCAAUCCUAAUGAUUCAAUGCAUCGCUGUGGAGGCUGGGGACAUAUUCUUGGGGAUGAAGGUUCUGGUUUCACUAUCUCGAUACAAGCCAUCAAAAUGGUUCUUCAUGAAGAUGAAAAUUUUCGGGCUCCUCAGUGGAGUUCCCAAAAGAUUCGUGAACUCAUAAAGGAGCACUUUCAGGUUAAGGAAAUGCUGGAGCUUCUGCCUUUCUGUUAUACCAACUUCAAGAAGCAAUUCAUUGCGGCAAUGUGUGUGAAGGUGGCAAAUUUGGCCAGGGAAGGAGACAAGCUAAGCCAGCACCUGUUUCAAAUGGCAGGAAAAGACCUGGCAGACCAUGUUGCAGCAGUCUUGCCUCAUGCAGAAAAGAGUCUUUUGGAAGGUGAAGGUGGCCUUCCCAUAGUCUGUGUGGGAUCAAUUUUCAAAAGCUGGGACCUCUUGCAAAAAGGUUUUGAAGAAGUGCUCUGCCCCAAAGUUUCUGAGUUCACUCUCCUCCAGCCAACUGUAUCAGCUGCACUGGGAGCCGCACUCUAUGGGGCUUCAUUGCUUGACUGCAAGCUGCCUAUCAAUUUCAAAGAAAAUUCCAGACGGCUAUACCAUUUCAAACAGGGCAGCAAGCAGAACUAGGUCUGGACUCGAUGUAUCUUUUUGUGCGCAUAACAGUAACAUGCGAUAGAAAAUCAAGCUUUGGGUAUAGCCUAGAAGAGGCAUGAGCUACACAUUAGAAGGCAUAGCAUACCAGCUUUUGGUAGCCAAGCUGCCGUGAGCAGUGCCAUUAUGUGUAUUUAGUAACAAAUGACAUUUUUUUAGUGAUAACAAUAAUUUUUUGAAUAUCCUUGCCUUAUGCUUUCUUUAUUUCUUUAAAUCUUGAACGUCAAUAUUCUAGUUUUGUUUUCUUUCUGUGAGCCUACCCUCACUAAGUGUUAAAUCAAGCCUGUGCUGUAACAGGCUCAUCUUUCAUUAUCUACAUAUUGUGGUGCUGUCUGUACCUUUUUUAUGCCCACAGAGUGCCUGUUCAAAGUUUACCAAUUGCCCGUGUGCUUGCGUUGUAGUGCACGUUAAGGAACCUCAGGUGGUCAAAAUUAAUUCGGUUCCCUUCACUAUGGCGUGCCUCAUAAUCAGAACUGGUUUUGGCACGUAAAACCCCAGGAAGAAGAAGAAGAAAGUUUACCAAUUCUGAUUUACUUUGAGCAUGCUACAGUGCAUGUGAGAUACAAUAUACUCCUUGCAAGACAGAAGUUCACAGGAAGAUGGAGGCUCGAAGUGAUGAGCACUGGUCCAACAAGGAAUGUCGCUGGAGUCAACAUUGUUGAAAGGGCUUGUAGAAGCAUUGGCUCCAGUGACAUUCCUUGUUUGACCACUGAUCAUCAAUACACUCCUUGGUCACUUGAGGCAGCAAUGGUUUCCUCUGCUUUUAUACAUGGCUAUAAUAAGAAAAUCUACACCUUAAUGUAUCAGCACAUUUUUGAAUGCAGUGAGCCUGUGCUUCUCAAUAUAUAAGUAAUGACCCCAAGAAGGGUCACAGAUUCAGUGGAGGGGGUCAUCAGAAGCAGAUUGAACAUUUUUUAAAUACUCUUUGCCUCAUCACAAAGUAGCUCAUGGAAGCAGAACCUUAGGUGUUCUGACAUGCUUGAUGAACAUAAGGGCAGACAAGUUUUGAGGAACAACACAGUCAUGACACAUUACCUUUUGUUUGUUGAGAACACACAGGUGAGUGAAGCUUUUCAGUCCAUUGAAAGGUAUCUCUGCACUGAAACUUUGCUCUGAGUGCUGGCCCUAGAGGCAGGCCAAACGAAACACCUGGAUGAGAUAUCUAUUUAGGAAAAUACUAGUUUUUGAAACUUUAAAUGUGCCAGAAAAAGAGCAUGUGGACGUAACAUCGGACUUGGAUCUUAGAUUUGCAUUUUUGCUUGAGCCUUUUGAAAAGCUUUUGUCAGAUUUGGAAGGAAGGUGCAUGUUUUUGGACAUUAAAGCCACGAGAUCCUUCUCCCCUUCCUACAAUGUGCUUAGGCAAAGUUUCCUUCUUUUUUAUCUUCGAAGUGCGUCUUCUCUUUUUCUUCGUAGGAUUUGCUGUGUUGCGUAAUGAGAAAAAAAAUAUAUAUAAGAAAAGCAUGCAGGACUACAGCAAUGUCUCUGAAAACUUGUUAACCAUUACUCGACGGUUGUAGUCUGGUACAUCUGGUUUCAAUCCAGCCUUUGCUUCUGUGCAGAGGAUUCACUGAAGACAAAGUACACAUCGCAGCCCAGCACUAUGCUGCACUGAGAUUUAUAAUGUCAGAACUCUGCCUUACAUACAAGAAAAUGUUCUCUAAUUUUAGUUGAACUCAUUCAUCAGCAACAGCCGCUUUGUUCAUUUGAACAGCUUGCACAUUUUGCGUUUGGCUUGGUGGACAUUUUGGGAGAGUAAUUGUUAAGAUAUGACACCUGACCUGAAAUGAAUUUUAUUGAAUUUAGGACAUGGCAGAAACUUGUUGUGUUUUACAGUUUAUUGUAGAACCUAAAAAUGCCUAAAACACAUUGCCGGGCUAGUUGCUUUGGAUUCAUGAUUUAGUGUGCAAGUGUGAUCAGACGAGUCGUCUGCAAGCAAUGUGCAAGCGCUGUGUUUGUGUCUACUUCUAUACAUGUCCUUGUUCGGUCACACUUGCACAUUGUAUCAUGAAUCAUAAAAAUGGCCUCAGUGGAAGGGACAGUAUUCGCAUCAACACAUUAUUGUCUCAUUCAGUUCACACAGUACAGAACUAAAACAUUAAGUAACAUAGAAUUUAACCUUAUUUUGCUGGUUGGUUACUCUCAUGAAAACAGUUAUGUUAACAUUAAGAUUUAUGAUCGAUUUCUAACACCACAGAAAAAUCUUAUCAAGGCCAGGAUUAGCAUAACAUAUGGUAAUGUUGACUAGCAAAUUCCCUGAAUAAAAUGCAGGCGUCUGCAAACAAUCUUAGCUGAGCUGACUUGCUUAUGAUGUCAUUCACAUACAUUGUUAAUGUAAAUCCAGAAAAAGUGAAAGGCCUUCCUUUAUAUUAGUUGGGAAAUGCCACGUGCAAAUGAUAAAUGUAAUUGUACGCUAGCUAAUUUAUAACUUUUUGAGGCAAUUUCCUUAGCACUGAAUUCAGCUGACUCAGCUGACCAAUGGCACUACUGAAAUAGUUGUGAUCCAUGCAAUGGCCAUAUUUCCUUUUAUUAAUACCCCGCCCGCAUGAGGCAUUUUUGAUUGCGAUUGAGCCUCACUGGUAUCAAAUAUCUCAAUCAGAAUCUUCUCCUUUCCACAGCUUGCACAAAAGAACCAAUCACAAUUGAGAAAUUUGAUCCUGAUCUGAUGCCUAAAAGUGCCUAGUGUGAAUGAGGCAUAAUAAAUGUGUAAUGCCCAAAAAGAAUGCUGCUUUGUAUAUUGAUGAAACUGUUGAAAGUGCCUGUUAUGUUGCAGGUGAUUUUCUUACUUUGUAUCUCGUACAAAGGCAAUGAAAAGCACUGGUCACUCUUACCCUGCUUGUAUGCAACUUGUUCAACACGUGUUAUUGUCACACCCUCAUAUUCAUUUUGUACCAUGGAAUACUAACCUCUGUCAGCAUGGCAAGUAUGUCUAGUUGUUUAUGAUCAUGCAUUUCUUGAAAUUUUUGCAAAGCAUGUCUGUCACCUUAACCCCCCCCCCCACCACUUAGUUAAUCUUUGUUGUGACUACUAAGUAGUCGGGGGUAUUAAAUAAAAUACAAACAUUGAUUAGCUCCACUCUGCAUGAACAAAAUUGUUUGGAGGAGAUUUAGCUCCUUCAAGAGAAAACCUCUCAAUAUUAAGAGUGGAAAUUUCGGGUGUAUAAAGGAAAGGAGGUGACCUAGAAUUUUUGUCAUAUAGUUAGUGCUUUUAUUAUAACAGUCCUGUAACAAUAUGUACUGAUUAAAGCCAGUUGUUCUUC